AUGGAAGCACAUCGAAUAGAUCCAGAAAAACAAUCUUUAAUGAACAUAUUAGAAUCACUAGAUCUGGGUUCAUCUGAAAUUGAUGACAAAGAGUUCAAUAUUCCUAAAGUCAAUGAUAUUCCUACCGUAGAAAGUAUAUUAAAUGAUGAAGAUGUUUCUUUAUUAAGUGAAGAUGAUGUAACUGUCUGCCAGAGAAAAUUAAAAGUACCAUGGUAUGAUUCAGGAGCUGAUUCUGCUUCAUUAGGUAGCUCAAGUAGCAGUCAUAUGAACACAGAACAGUUAACAAAAUGUUUAAACUUAAAAUCCGAUCCUGGACGAAUUUUACGGCAUACAAUUCUGAAGCCUGUUUCUAAUCAAAUGCAUUCUUUUUGUGAACGUUUUGAUGCUGGACAACCUAGUGCUAUUAGGUUUUCACUUCUUAUUGCCAUUGGUACAAGCAAAGGUUUUAUAAUUUUAUUUGAUUCUUUACAAACAUUCCAAUGGUAUCAUGAAGCUGUAAACUGUGGUGCAGUAUCUGCAAUAGAUUUUAAUCACGAUUGUUCUCGAUUAAUUGUUGGAUACAUAAAUGGAACAAUAAUAGUGUUUGAUUCUUCUUCUACUACUUGUAAAACACUAAGGGUCAUGAAUGAUUCACAUACUCCGGGUACUACGGUGUUGCACAUAAAAUUCUCAGAUUUGCCAAAUUUAGCUAUUGUGAACAACAGUGCUGGUUCUGUGUUUGAGUUAAAUUUUAAAAGAAAUUUUGGAAUACGUAGUGUCGAAUCAAAAUGUUUAUUUUCUGGUGGCCGUGGAAAAGUGUGUUGUAUUGAACCAUUAUUAUUCAAUCAAUUAGCUAGUCAUCCUAUGAAUGGUUAUGUAAUAAUUGCAAUGGCUACUUUAUCUAAAGUAAUCAUUGUUACAAUUCGGCCAAAUACUGAACUACUGUUAUCAAAUAAUAUAACUUCAUCGCGUCCAUGUUUACCAUUACUAUCUUGGCAAUUUGUCAUUAUACAAUUUAAUAAAACAUCCAAUUCAAGCCAUAGAAUUAUGGACCCAGUAUUAGCUUUUACGCGAGAUGAUACGGUCUACUUUUAUCAGGUCAACAUCAAUGAUCAAGAUGGUUUAUGUUGUUGUAUUUUACAAAAAAUAAAAUUAUCAUACACAAUAUUAGCAUGCAGCUGGAUGAAUGCUCGCACUCUAUUGACUAUGGACUCAUCGGAUAAAGUUUAUCUUGUUGAUGUUCGUGUAGGAGACGAAAUGGAACAGUCAGAUCUUUUAAACAUUUCCUUGGUGUACACUUCUAACUACUAUAAUGGCACAGAUAGUCAACAUUUAGAUAAAUGUUGUUAUAGUUCAGUCCAUGGUUAUAAUAGUCAAUUAGUACUGUUAGGAAAGAAGAGAGUUCAUAUUAUUAGUAUUAGAAGCUGGAUUGAACGUCUUGAUAGUUUAACUGAUAAAAUGGUUUGGUUCAGAGAAAAUUGGUAUGAAGAAGUACUGAGACAACUUCGUCUUGGAUUAGCAAAAUGUUAUAAUAUUGCUUUUGACAGUCGAGGAUCUGUGGCAGACGCCCAAAUAACACCUCAUACAUUAAAUUUCAUUAAGAAAUUAGUAUCAACAUUUGGAAUUGGAAUAGAAUUAUUAGCAAGUAAUAUGGCUGCUAAUAGUGCUGCUAUAUCGACUAAAGGGUCAUUCCCAGGUUCAGGCUCUGAGAGUUUGGCUAAAAGGGCUCAGACAACAAUUCAAGAUCCGGUUUUCCAAAAAAUGAAACAACAAUUUUCUAUAGAUUUUGAUUUUACUUUGCCGGCAGCCAUGAAAUUACAUCAUAUGAUUUCAAAAAUGAAAAAGUGGAUAAAAAUAUUAGAGACUAAAAUUAGACUUUUACCAAAAUCCUUUUUGAUUGAAGAAAAAUGUAGAUUCCUUAGUAAUUUCAGUCUUCAAACUGCUGAAAUUGAAAUUCCUGGAGAAUUUUUACUUCCAAAGCAUUCGCAUUAUUAUGUGAAAAUUGCUCGUUUUAUGCCAAGAGUUCAAAUUGUUGAAAAGCAUAAUACGUCAGCCAGAAGAUUAGUUAUGCGCGGUCAUAAUGGUAAAUUAUAUUCUUAUUUGGUAAUGCAUGAUGCUGGUUUGGGAGAUACAAGACGUGAAGAACGAGUCUUACAAUUAUUAAGGAUGCUAAAUCAUUAUUUGACCAAACAAAAGGAAACUUCUCGCAGAUUUUUAUAUUAUACAGUACCCAGGGUAGUUGCUGUAUCUCCACAACAACGGCUUGUUGAAGAUAAUCCUUCAUCAUUAUCAUUACUUGAUAUUUUUAAAUCAAUGAGCACGUCUCAACCUUAUGAUGAUUGUAUUGAACAUUAUUAUCAACGCCUAGCUAAUAUUCAAAAUCAAGGAACUCAAGCAAAUAUUCAAAUGCUUUUGGAUGUAUUUUUAGAAGUACAACAAAAUUAUUGUCAAAGCCAUAUAUUGAAAAAUUGGGCAACUCUGACAUAUGCUUCACCUACAGAUUAUUGGACAUUUAGAAAAAUGCUUACACUUCAAUUAUCUUUAUCAUGUUUGGCUGAGUAUGUAUUACAUCUUACCAGGCUUAAUCCUGAUAUGAUGUAUAUACACCAAGACUCUGGGUUGCUCAAUGCGUCAUACUUCAAGUUUGAUGUAGAUGAUAAAAAAGGUGAACUAGUUUCCAAUCGGCCUGUUCCCUUUAGAUUAACUCCUAACUUUGUUGAAUUAAUGACUGAUAUCGGUAAAAAUGGCCCACUUACUGCGAGUAUUAUGGCAACAGCUCGUUGUUUUAAUCAACCUAACAACAAAGUUCAAGCUAUUCUUAGGGCUAUACUCAGAGACGAAAUGAUCACCUCUUAUAAAAAAAAAUUGGAAGAUGAACUUUCAACUGAUAGAGAUGAAAUAUCUGGUGACAUAAUCAUUAGCAUGGUUACAAAAGCAGUAAAUUCCAUAAUGCACAGACUAAAUAGUCUAGCAAAUUUUGAUGGUACUGAUAAUAAGGUAAGCACUAUUGUAAGUGCAGCAUCAUCAGUUGACAAUCUAUGCCGAAUGGAUCCAGCAUGGUACCCAUGGCUAUAAACAUUUUUAUGAAAAAUUUGUUUCUCAAAUAUUUAUAGAUCUCUUAGUUUACGUUUUCUAUUAAUUAAGUAAUCAGAAGAUUACUGUUCAACCUUUUCUAUUUUAUCAUUAUAUUUUUGUAUGCA